AUGUAUAAUUAUUCAUUAUAUUUAUUAAUCUACUUCUUCUCUUCUAUAAUUAUUCAAUCGAUCCACUUCUUUGGUGCUUCUGUUUUUGUCAUUGUUUUCUUCUUCUUCACUUUGUUAAAAUUUACAUCUUUGAUAUUUUCUUCAUUGAUGUUGUUUUCUUUUUCUUCUGAUGAUUUGAUAAUUGAACUUUCUUUUAUUGUUUCAAUCUUAUUAUUUUCUUCUUUCUGUUUCUUAAUUUAUCUUCUAAUUCCUUGUUUUUUCUUCUUUCUAUUUCUAUUUCAUUAUCUCUCUUCUUCACUUCUUCUUUCUUUCUUUUUUCAUUAUUUCUUCUUCUUUCUUUUGUAUUUCUCCAUUUCUUCUAUUUUUCUUUCCAUUUCUUUUAUUUCUAUUUCAUGCUCUACUUGUAUUUCCUUUUCUCUCAUAUCUUUUAUAUCUCUCUUCUAUAUCCCUUUCUUGUUCUUGUAUUGUUUCUUUUAUUGUUUCUUCUUUUCUUCAAUUUCCAUAAUAAUAUUGAUUAAUCGUUUUACCUGUAUUAUGGUAUUUAUAAUUAUGAUAAUUAUUAUUAAAGUAAUUAUGGUUAUUAUUUUGUUGAUAAUGAUUAUAGUUAUAGCAUUGAUAAUGUCUUCUAAAUCUAUUUCUUGGUGCAUAUUAUUAUUUCUAUAUGAUUUUCAUGGCAUUCUUGUAGUGUAG